AUGGGCUGCGGUGGUAGUGCUGGCAUGCGAACGCUCUCUGCGGAUGCAAAGUCCAAGGUUGAGGAACUUUUCGACAAGAUGGACAAAGACACGAGUGGCACCAUUACGAAGGAGGAGGCCCACAAGUUCUUCAGCAGUUUUGCGAAGGUGAAUGCGAAGGCCAUGUUUGAUGAAGUGGACGACGAUGGCAACGGAAGCAUCACAAAGGCAGAAUGGGUCGGAUUUUGGAACCAGGCCUGCAGCCAAGCUCUUCAGAGCUCAGGGCUCCAGAUUGCGAGUCUGUGA